UGUCGGGGGGGAGGGGGGAAGCGCUGGGUUGUAUUUCCCCCGAGGUCGAGGGAGAGACGACAGCGCUCACACACCUCUCUAACACACACUAGGUCACACUGCAGCUCCAUGUGUUUCACCCUGUUCCCUCUGCACUCCCUGCUAAUGAGCUCUGUGUUUUAUUAAUUGGAUUCUUUGACAAGCGUGACCAGAUCUGCGCCUGACCGUCGUCGACCCUGCAGAGCCUGAGAAAGGCCUGGAGGGAGGUGAAUAAACUGGCCCUCCCCCAUCCCCCCAUGUGCAGAAGAACAAAGUAUGUUCUCACAAAGAAGUUCACUGGAAUGGGCUGAGCUGGAGCCGAAGGGAAAGGAAAAAGGAGGGGGCGAAAGACACACAGAAAAGAAACGGAGGGAAAGCUAGAAAGUGAGAAAGAGACACUGAGGCAAGAGAGACACAAAGGUAGAAACAGAAAGAGAGAGAGACUGAGGGAGGGUGAGAAGGACAGAUGGAAACAGGCAGGAGGGGAUAAGGGAAGAGGAGGGAGCCGUGUGUGUGUGUGUGUGUGUGUGUGUGUGUUGGACACUCCCCAGCCAGCCGAAGGGUUAAAAGGGAGACUCGGAGAGCCGCCUGAGGUCGCGCUUCGCCUCCUAAGGGCUCGGAGUUUGUGUGCAGCGGGACGGAGCGGAGCGGAACUUGGCCGCGCGCGGAGUCGUCGCGAGGAAAAAGGAGUGGAGUGGAGUGGAGCGCGGCGCCAACGGAGACCGCGCGCCGAGACUAAGAGCGACGCACAGAGAUUAGGAAAAAGAACAGGCGCGAGCGGUGCCCAAAAAGCAGAAGUGCGGCGAUGACUCCGAAUCUGACGGGCUUCUACCAGCUCGUCUCCCAGGAGAACAUGGACGCGUACCUGAGCGCGUUAGAUAUCAACAUCGCUCUGCGAAAGAUUGUCUGUCUGCUCAGGCCCAACAAGCAGAUCAGCCACGACCCGUCCAAGGGCCACAUGGUGAUCCGCACGCUCACCACCUUCCGCAACUUCGACAUGGACUUCAAUCUGGGGCAGACCUUCACCGAGGACCUGGGUCCCGUGGACGGACGUGUCUGCCAGACUACAGUGGAUUGGCAGGGGGACAAGCUGGUGUGCGUGCAGAAGGGAGAGAAGGAGAACAGGGGCUGGACACACUGGCUGGAAGGAGACCUGCUGCAUCUGGAGAUGAGGGUUCAAGAUGUGGUUGCCAAGCAAGUCUUCAAGAAGAUAUUAAGUUUCAUCUGAUGUGUGGGGCGAAAGAAGCUGCAAAUGAGCACCGACACACUGGUCUGUCUCCGCAAGGGAGCUCUUCGUCGGCCUUUUUUAUUUGCAUCGUUUAACGUCCUGCCAAAAAUAGCUGUGGUGAAAACCAAUAGUUUUGUUAACGCUUAGAAUAUAGGAAAAAUGUCAGUCAUCUCUCUGUGGAAAGUGCAAUGAAAAGUGGCAACCCAUGCUCCUGAGGUACUA